AUGACAUCAAGAUUGAGCCACCCAUCGAACUCCUACUCCUUCAAUGUGUCCGGACUCAAACCUGAGACCCAAUACAUUGUGGGCCUACGUUUCAAUGCGGAGCCGAAAGAAGCCUACACCUUCCAUCAUGAGAUGGGAUCGUUGGUGCCAUACGUGGUACAUCCCGACCAUGUCAGCACUAUGGAAGUCAGGAUGAGGCUACAAUAUGGAGGAGACCUGGAGAACAGAUCAAUCGACUUUGGAGGAUUGCGCUUUGCCGGAUGUUAUUCUGGGCUCAAGACUUCAAAGGGUUCGAAUGUGAUUCUGCUCGCAAUCCACAGAAGAUGGACUCCAACCAUCACUCUCUACACAGAAGAAUCGGAAGUCAUUCGGGAGUUUCAAUUCCACGAAAUGGAGUUCAUAAGCAAGUUCCCUUAUCACCAGUACCAAGUGUUCGCCAGAAGUCGGGAGAAUCUCGAAGAAGACAACCGAAAAUAUAAAGAGGAGAAGUUCAGGAGAUUGGUCAUAGACAUUCGGGAAUUGGAACGUCUAUCAAAGAUUGUGGCACAGUGGGAGAAGGAGCAGGAAAAGCAACCACAAUGCCCUGGAAAACCUUUCAACAUGUUUCCAAAACCAAGGGAAGAUGGUACCAUAAUCAUCUCGAUUGGAAACUACGUCUACAAUUUCGAAGAUAAGAAAGAGUUCUUCUUAAAGAUUCGAAAGUACCGUCUGUUUGUUACGGAGGAAUCGAUGAAGAAAAAGAUCGAGUCUGAAACUCGAGGACAACGAGAAAACCCAGAAGAAGACUACACGGAAGAUGAAGUCUCAGAGGAGGAAGAGGCGGAGUAUGAGGAGCCAAGAAAAAGAAGAGGAAAAUCAGAGAAGAGGAGAACUUCACAGAAGCAAUCUGGCAGAAGGAAGAAGAAGUUUAGAAAGCUAUUAACUCAGUACUGCUUAUUUGCCAAAAGUCGAGAGAACAUUGAAGAAGACAACCGGAAGUAUAAAGAGCGCUGGUGA